AUGCGGACGACCAAGGAGCUGCGGGGGCUGGUGGGGGAGCUGGUGGGGGAGAGGCUGAAGACAGGCAAGUCCAGCCCGGGCCUGAAGGAGGCGGCAAAGAUGUGCGUGGUGAAGAUGGCCGAGGUGCGGAAGGCGAACAGAGACGCGCACGAGGCUGCGGACAGCAUGCUGUGCGCGGCCGAGGCGGAGAGGAAUAAGACGGAUCAAGUCAGCCAGCAGCUUCAAAACUUGCAAUACCAGAAGAUUCACCUCAGCAGAGAGCUGCAGUUAUGCUUGAACUACAAGGGCCACGUUGUUGAUGACUUGAUUCCUGAAGAAGAGUAUGAGAGUAUGACAACCCCAGAGGAGCGUGGAGGCCCGCGCGGAUCGCACGAGUAUGAGCUGAAUCGUCUGAACAAGGAGCACAAGCAGAGAGAAGCGAUGAUCAAGUCCUUGAAACAGCAAGAACUCCGCAAGCAGCUGUACGAGGGCAAGCUCACAUCACAGAGGAAGUUUCUCGACGGGCUGCAAGCUCAUCUCGAUGCCAUCUACAAUGCAGCGGAGCCCGUGAGGAAGGAGUUCUCAAAGUCUGCUCCUCUCCCCUCCCUGCAUUCGGAGUUGGCAGCCACUGCGUCUUUGCUCCCUAGCCCCCUUUACUCGAUCUACUAUCAGGCUCACUCGUACGAAGUCGCUUUCGGAGAAGACGUGGCAGUGAGCAUCGAGGGCGACAUAACGGAGGCACAAACUUUCAUGAAAGCACAAGCAACUGCUGUCCCUCCGACACCUGGAGCAGACGCAAAGAAAAGAAGGAAGAGGAAGAACAAGGACAUGGAGGAAGAUGAAGAGGAAUCUUUGACAAAGCCGCAUCCAUUGUUCUUGAAGCUUAAGAUCCCUCCGCAACCCGAAGAUCCACCAUCGACUGCUCCAACGAUCACUCUCACCUUCUCCUACUUGACAAAACUACAGAUCGUAGUCGUCCAGCACGAGCUCAGCUCUAAGGAGAAAGAGCCUUCUUUUCUUCAAGAUCUCUUCCCGAAUGAUCUCCGAGACUCAGGGAUCACAUUCUCCAAGCUCGUGAAAGCCUUGCGCGAGCGAUGUUUGGUGUGGACUCAGGUGAAACAGAUGAUGCAAGAACUUUCCAAGAUGAACACCAAGGAGCUGCCAAAAGUUCCUGGUUGCGAAGCUCUUACUGGUUCAGGGGCUGUACUGCAUGGCUGGAAGGAGGUGACAUCCGAGUUCUUGGAGAACUUUGCGGAGAACGAUGAGGAGGAGAAGGAGCCCGAGAAGAUGGUGCUCGAGGGGGUCAACGAAGAAGGAGAAGUGAUGCCGUCUCAGGCUGACGCAGCAGAAGAUGAGGUCUACCACACAACCGAAAAGGAGGACCGCAACAUCUCCCGCAAGGAGCACAGAUUUUUCCAGCUCACUGUCAAGAAGGGCGAGUGGCAGGCGCUGGCGGAGAUCGAGCUGCCCCGCGGCUAUCCCAAGAAAGCGCCAUCCUUUACCUUGAAGAUGCUUCAGGAAGGGGCGAGGAAGACUGCACCCUCCUUCUCUCUCACUAGCGUGGAUCCGAACGCGCUUGCUGUUGUCGAUGCUGCUAGGAAAAAUGGCGAAGCGACGGACAACGCUCUGCGGAGCAUCGAAGAGGAGCUCAACACUCAUGCAGCUGCUGAAGCUGCGGCUGCUGGCUGCCCUGCUUCUCGCCUCCUCAUCUACCAACUAUGGACGCUCAAGCAUUGCUUCGCCAUCUACAUCGACGUGGUGACCGCAACUGCCAUCGCUCGCCAGAAGUUGAACUGUGCUGUCCAGCGCGGUAAGCACUCAGAUGGCUACGUGUAUGCCAUUUCCGGCAUCGACCCGCAGCUCUGGAAGGGCAGGACAGUCAGGGUGAUGAAAGAGACCAGACCUGUGCACAUGAACGGACCUGGAUUGCACUAUGGAUGGAGAUUGGUGUUUGACGUCAAGGAGAAAUGGGCGAACCCCCUCAUGGGCUGGACCUCAGGACGAGAUCCUCUUGCUCAGCUCGUGUACCAGCUCAAGUUCGACACCAAGGAACAAGCGGUCCGGUACUGCGAGGAGCACAAUGUCGACUACACAGUCGAGGAAGAGACUGUCAUGACCGAGGACAUGAUUGAGCAGAAGUCCUACGCUGACAACUUCCAGUGGGAUGGAGACGAUGAGACGGAUGCCACGGGCCACAGCAUGUGGGCCACCCGCCGGCUUGGAUGCAAGUGA